GAGAGAGAGAGAGAGAGAGAGUUGGACCCCUGCGCUCCGCUCCAUCGAUCCGCAGAGGUGCGCAGAGGAUCUUCUGUCGGACGUUGGACGCAACCUGUGCGCUGAGUUUUUUUUAAGGGGGAAUGCCAGAAGUGGAUUCACUGUUUGGAACAUGCUACUGGGCAAUUUGGUAGUGCUUGUGUUCUGUCUGUGCGGUUUUGACGUCAGCAGAGCUUAUGUGUUUCAAGCCACCCGACCUGUAGAGGGAGGAGAGAUCUCCACGCCUCGCGUAAAAGUCAUCUCAGAGUGGGUCAGCUCAGCGGGCUCCUGCCUGGGGAGGUGCUUUGAGCUGGAGGAGGCCGAUCCUCCGGGAUGCAGAUGUGACAAUCUGUGCAAAACCUACUACAGCUGCUGCUCGGACUUCGACGAGCACUGCCUGAAAACAAAGGGAGGUUUCGAGUGCACAGAGGAUCGCUGUGGGGAGCAGAGGGACGACAACCAUGCCUGCCACUGCUCAGAGGACUGCAUGGAGAAGGGAGACUGCUGCUCCAACUACAAGUCCCUCUGCAAAGGUGAGGUAUCGUGGACGCAAGCGGACUGUGAGGAGAUCUCGAAGGCUGAAUGUCCUGCAGGCUUCGUCCGUCCUCCUCUCAUCAUGCUCUCUGUGGACGGGUUCAGAGCCUCCUACAUGAAAAAGGGCAAAUCUGUGAUCCCCAACAUUGAUAAACUCAGUUCAUGUGGUACAUCAGCACCGUACAUGCGACCAGUCUACCCAUCAAAGACUUUUCCAAAUUUAUACACCCUGGCCACGGGUCUCUACCCAGAGUCCCAUGGCAUUGUGGGAAACACCAUGCACGACCCGGAGUUUAACGCCACCUUCAGCUUGCGCACCAGAGAGAAACUGAACCAUCGCUGGUGGGGGGGGCAGCCUAUCUGGAUCACAGCAAAGAAACAAGGAGUCAAAGCAGCGACUUUCUUCUGGCCUUGGUACUUAAGUUGGGUGAUUCCUCUUGAACGGAGGAUUCUGACCAUCCUGCGCUGGCUCAGUCUGCCGGAUGAUGAGAGGCCGUACGUUUAUGCCGUCCACUCAGAGCAGCCUGACGCCUUCGGGCAUCGCCUGGGACCUCUCAGCAGUGAGCUGGACAACCCUCUGAGGGAGAUUGACAACAUCAUAGGUCAGCUGAUGAACGGACUGAAGCAGAUAAACCUGCACCGCUGUGUCAAUAUCAUCAUUGUAGGAGACCAUGGUAUGGAGGAGGCGCACUGUGACAGGACAGAGUUUCUCAGCAACUACCCUCUCAACAUAGACGAGAUCACGUUGAUCCCCGGUUCUCUGGGGAGAAUACGACCCCGCGACCCCAAAUCCACCACAUACGAUCCAAAAGUUGUGGUAGCAAACCUCACCUGUAAAAUGCCAACUCAGCACUUCAGGCCGUACCUGAAGCAGCAUUUACCCAAGAGGCUUCACUACGCCAACAACCGCAGGAUCGAGGACGUCCACCUGCUGAUGGAGAAGAAGUGGCACGUCGCCAGGAAAAUGCCACAACAAACGAGGACACGAUGUGGAUUCUUUGGUGACCACGGCUUCGACAACAAGAUCACCAGCAUGAGGACGAUCUUCAUGGGCUACGGCCCGAGCUUCAAAUUCCAGAAGAGAGUGCCGGAGUUUGAGAGCAUUGAACUGUACAACGUCAUGUGUGAUUUACUGGGGUUGAAGCCGGCUCCAAACAACGGGACGUACGGCAGCCUGAACGACAUGCUGAAGGAUCCACCGUUCCACCCCAGUAUGCCCGAGGAAGUCACGGCACCGACACCGACGUCGGCCUCCGACACCAAAGGCACCCACGAUCUGGGCUGCAGCUGUGACGAUGAGAACAAAGUGGAGGAGGUCAUUGAAGCUUUCAGUCCUUCCCCAGAUGGAGUCUACACUUUCAACAGCACCCACCUCCCGUUCGGCCGACCGGCGGUGAUGUUUCACACCCAGUACAGUCUUCUUCAUCACGUGGAGUUCAUCAGUGGAUACAGCAAAGAGCUGGCCAUGCCUCUGUGGACGGCAUACACACUGCCACGACAGGAGGAUGUGACUCCCGUUCCAGAUGUCUCUCCGGUCUCCAGCGUUCAGUGCGUCCGGGCCGACUCCAGAGUGUCGGCUGAUCACAGUCAGAGCUGCACCAGCUACACUCAGAGCAGCCUCCUCACCCACGGCUUCCUCUUCCCCCCAGAGUUGGCCACGUCUCCAGAGUCCAGAUACGACGCUUCGCUCAUCACCAACACGGUUCCCAUGUACCCGGCCUUCAAGAAGAUGUGGAGCUACCUGCAGGGGACGCUGCUGAGACGCUAUGCAGAUGAAACCAAUGGCAUCAACGUUCUCUCCGGACCCGUCUUCGACUACAACUACGACGGCCUCCGAGACACCGCGGACAGGAUUAAAGAGUCCUCGGUGGACGGCCCUCCGGUUCCCACCCACUUCUACACGGUAGUGACGAGCUGCCAGGAGCUGAACCAGACGGUGGAGGAGUGCGACGGGGGGCUCAGGGUCUUUUCCUUCGUGCUUCCUCACAGAGCGGACAACACCGAGGCCUGCAACAGUGCAGAAGACGAGUCGGAGUGGGUUGAAGACCUGCUGAAGCUCCAUACGGCUCGGGUCCGAGAUGUGGAGAUCCUGACAGGCCUAGACCUCUACAGAUCCACCAACCUCACCUACAUCGACACCCUGAGGCUCAAAACCUACCUGCACACGUUUGAGAGUGACGACUAGGCGCACACAGAUACACACACACACACACACACACACACACACACACACACACACACACACACACACACACACACACACACAUAUAGGAUGUAGCCCCUUUAUAGAGGUCCUGGAUUUUCGCUGCAUGCUCACCGGACAGAUGGUGCAUCACUGUUCCACAAAAAAGGUGCCUUCCUGAAGGAACUGCCCAAGAUGUGCUUGGAAAUGAUUUAAAAGAUUAAAAAAGAACGUUUUGUUUGGAAGAUUUCCACAGUAGUAUCCAAGUAGAAUAAGGAAUAAUGCAGGGUGGGGCAAUGAAAGAACCAUACCAGCCUUUGAGCUCCUUAACCAUGACUGAUCUACUGCACCCUGACACUUAUAAAGAUCAAUUAUUAAGUCUUCAGUCAAGGACAAAGGCCUUGAAAUUAGAUUAAAAUCUGUACUUAAUGGACUAAAACAUCCCAAACUGCUGGUGUGGUUCCUUUGUGUUAAAUAUGAAGCUGGGGCCAGAAGCCAGUCUCUGUGCUAUGCUAAGCUAACCACCUCCAGCCUGUAGCAUCGUAUUGAACACACACACAGCUGUCAGUGUGUCGUCAGUAUUCUCACCCAAAUCAGAAAAAGUUAAAGAGCCUAUUUUUAAAACAUAUUUCUUGCUAUAUACUGUACAUGUUGGAUAUUAAACACCGGGACAAGUCACGUGACCGCCAGCGUCGGACAUAAUGCAUAUUUAACGAAAUAAAUAUUAAAACAACGUG